GUUUUUUUCAUCGACUAAUAAUUAAAUUAACCUUUCUUUACAAAUUCUUAGAUAUCUACCAAAUAUAAUACCAUCUCUCAUCAUAGUUUCAGGACACGUUGCUUAUUCCAAGCUACAAUAGAGAAGUCUUAAAGUUAUUUCCAUUGCAAUUAAAAUGUGGGAAAAUAAUAGAGGAUCAGACUUAAUCUCAGCUCAGCUAGGUUCCUUUCUUUUUAUAAGAUAUGCAUCAAGCUCAAGAAAUUGCCAAGAACGACAGCUGUGGAGCCCGGCAGUACUCUGAUUUCAUAAAACAGUUUUAAUAAUAUUAAAUUAUUUUCAAACUGGUCAAAUUUAUGCCGAACUUAAAGGAGGACAUAUAGAGAAUUGAACACAUUUUAUCCCAUGUUGAACACAUUUGACUUAACUUGAGUACAAAAUGAAAGGAUUUCUUCUUCAGAAUUUAGGUCCUAACAUUCAAAUAUCCUUGGAAGAGAGACUCAUAAAGAUUGACUUUAUUAAAAACCCCAAUCUCGGCUAAUGCUUACUCUAAUAUUUUGUCUUUGCUAAUCUUUUCCAACUGG